AUGAUCGGGAUGGGCCAGAAAGAUUCCUAUGUCGGAGAUGAAGCAGAGUCUAAGCGCGGUAUCCUCACGCUUCGGUACCCUAUUGAACAUGGUAUAGUUACCAACUGGGAUGAUAUGGAAAAGAUUUGGCAUCAUACAUUCUACAACGAGCUCCGCGUAGCUCCCGAAGAACACCCUGCUCUUUUGACUGAAGCCCCAAUUAACCCCAAGUCGAAUAGAGAGAAGAUGACGCAAAUCUUCUUUGAAACAUUUAAUUCGCCAGCUUUCUACGUUUCCAUUCAAGCCGUCCUUUCUCUCUAUGCAUCGGGCCGCACGACUGGUAUUGUCUUUGAUUCUGGCGACGGAGUUACUCACGUCGUUCCAAUCUACGAAGGCUUUGCCAUCCCACAUGCUAUCUCUCGUAUCGACAUGGCCGGCCGGGACUUAACUGACUAUCUUAUGAAGCUAUUAACAGAGCGUGGAUAUACGUUUUCGACUACUGCUGAACGCGAGAUUGUUCGUGAUAUCAAAGAAAAGCUAUGUUACGUCGCUUUAGACUUUGAGCAAGAAGUCGAGACAGCAGCGAAAAGCUCGGCGUUAGAAAAGACGUACGAGUUACCAGAUGGCCAGGUGCUUACAAUCGGCAAUGAACGUUUCCGAGCUCCCGAAGCCCUCUUCCAGCCUGGCGUUAUCGGCUUAGAAUCGGGCGGUAUCCAUAUGACAACCUUCAAUGCAAUCAUGAAGAGCGACGUUGAUAUUCGAAAAGACCUUUAUGGUAACCUAAUCAUGUCUGGAGGCACAACCAUGUACCCUGGUAUCGCCGAUCGGAUGCAGAAGGAGAUUGUUGCCCUGGCUCCUUCAUCUAUGAAGGUCAAGGUUGUAGCUCCUCCUGAAAGGAAAUAUUCGGUUUGGAUCGGAGGUUCUAUUCUCGCAUCGCUUUCGACAUUUCAGCAGAUGUGGGUUACCAAACAGGAGUAUGAUGAGAGUGGCCCGUCUAUUGUUCACCGCAAAUGCUUUUAG